GGCCCGCUGGCUAGGCACUGUUGCACUACCAAGCAGGGAGCCGUGAGCAGCUGUUGUUCUUUGAAGAAUUGGCACUACCCGCGAUUCUCAGUGCCAUGCGAGUGAAAAUUGUGAGUGGCGUUGUCUAUUCACCGUACCCCGACCUAGAGGACCUCAGGGAUGUUUCCACGUACGCCUUCUUGAAGCGAAGACUGCAGAACUACGGUGACAAAACGGCACUGAUACAUGGACAAGACAAAAUAACCUAUUCGGAGUUGCUGGAAAAGCUGAAGAUAAUGGCCAGCGGGUUUCGAUCGCACGGCAUUGGUACGGGCGACCGGGUUCUUGUGCAUGUCGAGAAUGGCGUCGACAGUUUCGUCGCCGCCUGCAGCAUCCCGCUGACUGGUGCCACACUGGUAACUUCGGACGUCACAUUUAACGAAGAGGAACUUCUUGAUCACGCUAAAAGAACGGACGCGACUCACCUGCUCACAGGAAAGGCUUAUGUCGACCUCUUCAACAGCAUAUCACCGGUUUUAAAUUUCAAGUCACGGUUCUCUUUCACGGACACGCCCGGAUACAUUAACGUCACAAAUUUUGCGACCAACGAAAACCUGAAGGAAGCAGGAUUUCCGAGUCACCAAGUCGGUGUCAAGUUUGUCUGCCACUCUACAGGCACAACUGGCAUCUCAAAAAUUAUGGAAAUCGGGGAGGAAACGUUCCUGUCUCAAAUUUCCUGCAGAGAGAAAUUUCAGCUCGCGACACCUGAUGAUGUGUGCAUUGGAGGCGGCAACAUUUCCUUUUACGUUUGUUUUACGUACGUCUUUUUCGUCAUCUCGAUCGGAGGGACCAUUGUGCUACUCGACAAGUACAGUCCUAUUCCCGACGUCUUCACAGCAUUCCGAGAUCACCAGGUGAACGUCGUGCACGGAACGCCAACGAAACUUCUGGAGAUCGUUCACGAAGCCAAGAGAGUUGGUCAGUCGUUCCCUCGCGUGAAGAAGUUCACGACCCUGGGAACACCGAUUACGGAAAUGACGCGCUCAGCCAUCGUGGCAGCGUGUUCACCUUCCGAGCUGCGAAGCUGCUACGGCAUGACCGAAGUGAGCGGGUACCUCGCUGCGCCACCCUGCGGAGAAAUCACGGCAGGCGACGUAGGCUUCCCUGCACCCGGAACGCGAAUGAAGGUUGUGGAUCCAAUCUCUGGGGCCGUGCUUUCUCAUGACCAGAAAGGAGAAGUACUCUUCCACACGCCUCACAUUAUGGACGGCUACUAUAAGAGCCCAGAAGAAACGGCGAGCUUUACAACUGAUGAUGGGUGGAUACGCACAGGUGACCUUGGCUACUACAACGAAGAUGGUAGACUAUUCAUACUGGGUCGAGUGAAGGCCGCCGUAUCAGCGAAUAAUAUUUGGGCGGGACUACCCCAGAUCGAGGAGUGCCUUGCGUUCCACCCCAGCGUUGCCGAGGCGGCUGUCAUGCCGAACCCGGAGUUCCCUGCAGCCAUCAUUGUCACCAGGAAAGACGAGGAGCCAAGUGAACGUCUCGCCGAGGAGAUCAAGACUUUCGUCAAAGAACGUCUUCCUGCUGCUCGCCACAUAGACGGUGGUGUUUUCUUCGUUGACGCCAUUCCAAGGAGUGGAUUCGGCAAGAUCAAGCGACGGCUGCUCUCCGAAAUCAUGCCCACGUUACGAAGAAUGGAUGCGUCAUGCUGCAGUGGCAAUGCAUGCGCGAAAUAAAGGUUUCGCUU